AUGUGUAUUCCUCCCAUCUCCACCAUGGCCGCGUUUAGUCGACCGAAUCCAAUGUCGACACUCACGGCCGAGGACGAGCGGUACCUCAACCAGCAGAUCAGCCCCCAGUCGCGCCCCAUGGACCUCUACGGCUCCAAGGCCUCCGACCCGCUGCCAGUCAACUGGGCUUACGACAGCGGCAUCGACCUGUUCUCCGUCAACCCGGCUGACAUGGACCCCACGGCCUUUGACUUCUCUGAGAUGACCAACGCCGAUACCAAGGAUCUCUUUAUGGAUCCCUUUGGCACCCCAACCGGCAUCAGUGGUUUCACCAUGCCCACCGCCGACGACGCCGUCUCGCCUACCUCCGAGCUGGACAGCGACGAUCAGACCUGGUCCACGGGCGCUCGCCCCUCAGUCGAUCUGGCCCUGUCCGAGCCAGCGAUGGAAUCCAACAAGCCCGUGACCCGCAACGCCUCGCAAAGCUCAUCAGCCCGCUGGUCCUCCAGCCCCAACAUCAAGACAGAGGAAGACUACCCCGUUCCCCGGGUGACUCGCAAGCAGUCCGCGUCCACUGGCCGCAAGACCCGCAGCCUGUCGCAGGACUCGCGACACUCGUCGACCAGCCAGGAUCCUCAGACUCGCAACGCCGCCAAGCGCGCCGCUCACAACAUCAUCGAGAAGCGCUACCGCACCAAUAUGAAUGCCAAAUUUCUCUCCCUCGAGAAAGCCAUUUCCCCCGCCGGCGUCCACAAGCAAACCGCCCGCGCCGGCACCGCCUCGCUCAAGAAAUCUGAAAUCCUCACCAACGCCCUGACCUACAUCGAGAACGUCCAGCACGAGAAUCAGGCCCUGCAUAAGGAGCUCGCCUUACUCAAGCAGAAUCUACUUCCUGGCGGCAUCUGGCGCCACGCGAAACAGUCUCGUGUUUGA